AUGUGUUAAAAAGGUGGAUAAAUAGUCCUAAAAUUUAUAUGGAAUGAAGUGAAAUAGUCUCAAAAAAUUCGUAAUUGUUUGAUAUUGAUAUAGAUUUAGCUAAAGAUUGGAUGACGAUGAACGGAUAAAUUUUAGUGUCACUCUCAUUAUUUAAUAUUAUCAAAUUGAAGAUUCGUAAACUUAUUUGAGACAUAAUAGAGCUCGAAUCCAAAAGUUAAAAGUCGAGGAAUCCUAACCAUCCCGCCAUAACUCAGGUGUUCAAUAGCUUAAGAAUUUUUGUUUCCUGAAAUAUUUGAAGUUAAACCACUGGUUAUGAAUGCAGCACUUUCAUUUUCUUCACCAACUCCAACGAUGCGCCAGAUUCCAUUUCCCUACGGAAGGCAGAAAAUUACAUGCUCACAUUAUCAAGAUUGGUUUAUACGACUGUUCCUUAAAGCUUUGCAACAAUCUCAUAGACAUGUAUGGGAAAUGUGGCCUUCUUGAUGAUGCCUUACAACUGUUCGACGAAAUGCACCAUAGAGAUUUAGCUUCAUGGGCCUCUGUUUUUACUGCACACAACGAAGCUAAUCAACCCCAGAAAACUCUUCUCCUCUUUCCCAACAUGUUUUUAGAUGGUCUUUGGCCUGACCAUUUCGUUUUUGCUAGUGUUGUUAAGGCUUGUGCUAAUUCGGGUGCGUUGAGAGUUGGUAAACAAGUGCAUUGCCAGUUCUUGAAAUCGGUGUUUUCGGUUGAUGAUGUUGUUAAGUCUUCGUUAGUUGAUAUGUAUGCGAAAUGUGGAUUACCGGAUAAUGCAAAAUCGGUUUUUGACUCGAUUUUGGUUAAGAAUUUGAUUUGUUCGAGUGCAAUGAUAUCGGCGUAUGCUCGUUGUGGGAGGAAGAAUGAAGCUUUUGCGCUACUAGGGGAGUUGGGAGAAAAGAAUUUGCAAUGUUGGACUGCUUUGAUAUCGGGGUUUGUGCAAAAUGGGAACUUGAUUGAUGCCGUUGAUGUAUUUCUUGAAGUAAGAAGAGAAGGGGUUGAUAUGAGGGACCCGUUUAUUCUUUCGAGUAUAGUAGGAGCUUGUGCUAGCUUAGCUGCACUGCAACUCGGGAAACAGAUUCAUCGAUUAGUUUUAGGGCUCGGUUAUGAAUGUAGUUUGUUUGUUAGCAAUGCCCUUGUGGAUAUGUAUGCAAAAUGUAGUGAUAUUGUGGAAGCUAAGAAGAUAUUUGACAGCAUGUUGACAAGAGAUAUUGUAUCUUGGACCUCAAUUAUUGUCGGGAUGGCGCAGCAUGGACAAGCUAUUGAAGCUUUGUCGUUAUAUGAUGAUAUGAUCUUAGCUGGCCUUAAGCCAAAUGAAGUAACUUUUGUUGGACUAAUCUAUGCUUGUAGUCAUGUUGGAUUAGUAAACAAAGGUAAGAGUCUUUUUAAAUCCAUGAUUGACGAUUAUAAGUUAAGUCCUUCUCUGCAGCAUUACACGUGCUUGUUAGAUCUGUAUAGUCGUUCAGGUCACCUUGAGGAUGCUGAGAACCUUGUUAACACGAUGCCUUUUCAGCCUGAUGAAGCUGUUUGGGCUGCUUUAUUAAGUGCUUGUAAGCAACAUGGAAACACUGAAAUGGGAGUCAGGGUCGCUAAUCGCUUACUAAUUCUCGGACCAAAAGAUCCUUCAACUUGUAUACUGCUGUCAAAUACAUAUGCUGGUGCAGCUCUGUGGGACAAUGUAUCUAAGUUGAGGAAGCAGCUGGCAAAUUUGGAAGUUAGAAAAGAACCUGGCUACAGUUCUAUUGAUUCGGGAAAAGAAACUACGACGUUCUAUGCAGGAGAAGCAUUGUAUCCUAUGAAGGACGCGAUUUUUUCCCUCCUAAAGGAAUUUGAUUCUGAGAUGAGGAAGAGAGGUUAUAUUCCCGACACCACGUUCGUUUUGCAUGAUAUGGAACAGCAAGAGAAAGAAAGACAGCUCUUUUGGCAUAGUGAGAGAUUGGCUGUGGCUUAUGGAAUUCUGAGAACUGUUCCUGGAUCAGUAAUAAGGGUGGUGAAAAACCUUCGAAUUUGUGGCGAUUGUCACACUGUUAUAAAGUUUAUAUCAAGCAUUACAAACCGAAAAAUUGUCAUUAGAGAUGCAAAUAGAUUCCAUCACUUCAAUGAGGGGGCAUGUUCAUGUAAUGAUUUCUGGUGAUGGUAUCUUCAGCUGUUAGAUGUCUAUCGCCCUCGAAAGUUUCAAGCUACACUCUAUUGACAUCGAUCCUUGGAAACAGAGGCGGAGCCAAAAGUUGAAACUUGUCGGAUCUAGGUAAGAGUGUUGAAGAUAUGAAUCUGAUUUUCUCAGGAAACAAAAUGCUACAUGCUUAUUGAAUAAUGCGCCUUCCUUUACAACUUUAUGUCCUCAGAAAUAUAUGUUAAGUUCUAUCAAAUCUAAUCAAUUCCAAUCA